CGUUUAUGCGUGUCACUUGUUACUCAAGACUCGUUCUGGUUUGCGGCGUACGAGGCUUCUGAUUGGCUAGCCAUUUCUCCACCCCGCACAAUAGGGCAGCGCUUCCAAGUCAACGCUCUCCACGUGAGUAUAUCAGUGGAGAUUUCCGGCAUUUGGUACCUAGAAGAACAAUGGCAGAAAAAGCAAGUAAAGCGCCGGGGCGUAAACCAAAACCCAUCGUAGCCAAGACGUCUCUGAACAGUCCUUAUGAGAAGACGUGGAAGAUGGUUGUGGGGGAUGAUAUGCAAUUUAUUCUCCAGACUUUAAAGGACAAGUUUAAUCAACUUGGGCUGAAAAAGAUAGAGCCGCAAAGCCGACCAAGAAAAAGAAAGAAUGCAAAAAAAGUAAAAGGCUGUGACAAGGACACAGAAGAAGAUACAAAGAAAGAAAGCUGCGAGGCAGCGGGUGACAAGGGGAGCGAAGAAGCCACCGCAGAAAAGCCAGGUUGGACAUCCGCUGAUAUCCGCAAGCAGCUGGCUAUUGGGGUUAAUGAGGUAACCAGAGCACUGGAAAAGAAUGAGUUGAUCCUGGUCCUGGUUUGUAAGUCUGCAAAGCCUGAGAUGAUUACCAAGCAUCUCAUUGACCUGAGUGCAAGCAGAGCAGUCCCUGCAUGCCAGGUGCCACGUCUUAGUGAGAACAUAGGAUCGGCACUUGGGCUUAAGUCGGUGUUGUCCCUUGGCUUUAGGAAGGACUCUGUUUUUGUUGAAGAAGUUAAGGCUAUCAUUCCAAGGAUGCCAUCGUUGGUUGUUUCUUGGUUGGAGAGUCAUCCUCAGAAAGAGGCCGAAACCACUGACGCCGCUCCCGCAGAAAAGCAAGACGUUCAGACUAAAGGAGAAGCUAAGGAAGCGGUCAAACAAACUGGUAAGAAACGCAAAAUCGAGAAGGAAACGGAGGAAUCAAGCAACGUGACUUUACAAGGCCUCAAAGUUAAAAAGAUUGUUCCGAAUCCAAACAAAAAACGGAAAAACAAGAAGAAAGCCGCCAGCAAAAAGUAAUAGAAUAAAA